AAGAAUAAAAAUUUAAAACCCAUGAUAAAUCUCAACAACGAUAAUGGCGCUAUCAUCUUCUUCAUCACCAUGUUCAUGCUUUUCACCUCCUACAACACUUCUUCCUCGUCCCCGCCUUUUCACUACUCAAUUCCACUGUAACAUCAAACCCUACAGCCAUUUCCGGCGAACAAUUUCCGCCACCGCCACUGUAUCCACUACUUCUUCCACUCCGCCACUCCACUCUACCACCAGAGAAGGACUCGAAGCCGUUAACAUUGCCGAAGACGUCACUCAGUUGAUUGGGAAUACACCGAUGAUAUAUCUGAAUAACGUUACAGAAGGAUGUGUAGCAGACGUUGUUGCUAAACUCGAAUCCAUGGAGCCUUGCAGAAGUGUCAAGGACAGAAUUGGGUAUAGCAUGUUGGCUGAUGCCGAGGAGAAUGGAGCAAUUACGCCGGGAAAGACUGUUUUAGUUGAACCAACAACUGGAAAUACCGGACUUGGCCUUGCUUUUGUUGCAGCAACUAAGGGGUAUAAACUGAUAGUCACAAUGCCUGCCUCCGUUAAUAUUGAGAGGAGAAUUCUUUUACGCACGUUUGGGGCAGAGGUUGUGUUGACUGAUGCCGAGAAGGGUCUGAAAGGAGCCAUUGACAAAGCUGAAGAAAUUGUCUACGACACGUCCAAUGCUUACAUGUUUCGACAGUUUGAUAAUAAGAAUAAUACAAAGAUCCACUUCGAAACUACAGGGCCAGAGAUAUGGGAGGAUACCAUGGGUAAUGUUGAUGUAUUGGUUGCUGCUAUUGGAACUGGAGGCACUGUUACAGGCACAGGACGGUAUCUGAAAUUGAUGAACAAAGAAAUAAAGGUGGUUGGGGUGGAGCCUGCAGACCGAAGUAUAAUCUCCGGAGACAAUCCAGGUUUCAUACCAAGCAUUUUGGAUGUCAAACUGCUCGAUGAGGUUGUCAAGGUUACAAAUGUUGAAGCAAUUGAAAUGGCAAGGAGAUUAGCAUUGGAAGAAGGAUUACUGGUUGGGAUUUCUUCAGGAGCAGCAGCAGCAGCUGCAAUAACUUUAGCAAGACGGCCUGAAAAUUCUGGGAAACUUAUAACGGUUAUUUUUCCUAGUUUUGGUGAGAGGUAUCUUUCCACUGAACUCUUCAAUUCCAUCUAUGAAGAGGUUAAGAAAAUGUAACAGUUGGAUUUUAUGGAUAAUUGUCAUUUUAAAAUUGGAGCUGCUCUCAUGGGACCAUUCAAGAAAGUAGCUUACACACUCUUCAAGAAAAUAGCUGACGUAUGAUUUGUAUAGGCAUCAUCAAACAGUAUGUGUAUCAAUAUGUAGCUGCUGUAAGUUUUUAGUCAUUGGAAGUUUUGCAUCAGAUGCAUCCACUUGGACUAGAAACGGUUCUUGAAGCUAAGUUCACACUGGAUACAAUAGGGGGACUGACUUGAUUUACAUGGUUUUUUUUUGGUGUAAUAUAGCUUGGUCUUACAUUCUAUUCUACUCUAUUAAUUAUUCUUCAA